AUGACUCUUGUCUGCGACACGCGCGACGUAUGUAUGGAAGGGUCAACCGGCGGCGAAGGUAGCAGCGAAUGGCCCCUCAACCCACCGUCGACCUCUACCGAACUGUACCGCGACUCAUUGGAUGAGACCAACGCUCACGCCGACGCCUUUGACUGGUACUAUGCCGAGUUGUACCUCCAGCAUUUCCACCAGCUCCCUCUUGUCCCCUGGAACAUUCCCUCCGUUUGGGGCAUGGCGGACGUUAUCGCCUCCUACCUCCACUUCCAAGCCUCGUCUGCCAACAUAAACGGCGUCGCUAUCAUUAUCACUCGCGGCACGCUACAGAGAUGGACACGCCACAUGAUCAUCUUGGCCGAGUACAACCUCCUUGGCUCCAACUCGCCCACCUACGGCACAAUCGACCCUCGUGUUUUUCACGGUAUGCUUCCCGACCGUUCAGACUCGUUGCCUGGUCGCCUCUUUACCUCCUACGUCCCCGACAUUGAAAGGAACUUGAACCUGCCCUUCGGUCCCGAGCAGGUCAUUGCGCCCGUUCAGGUGUACCACCCGCCGACUCUCCCCAAUCCUCUUCAACACAUCCCGGUUCAACCAACUGGACCUACCGUCAAGAGGCACCGCGAGUCUCCCGAGGUCGUCAGGUCCACCAAGCGCCAGAACAUGCAUCCUGUGGCCCCAGAUGGCUGGGUUUGGGUCGAUCCCGAGGGUAUCAACAAUAGCACCGACUAUAACCCCUUGGCCCACGACUCACUCCCAAUCCAAUGCGAGGUUACUCCCUCGGCACUCUUCACGCAGGACUUCAACGAUCCGACCAACCCAUUUGCGUUCGCCCCCAACGUCCCCGGGCCAGCUGCGGUCCCCUCCAGCACCACGUACUCCGUCGGCCAGGACCAAGGCAGCCCUUGCAACGGUUCUGUCUUUGUCGACACAUUGGCGGCCGCAUACGUCCAGGCUACCAGCAGUGAUGCGUCCUCCACGCUCGUCAGCAGCCCCAACAGCGGUGGCGAGUUGGGAGACGUUUCUCAACCCCAUGUGAUGGAUGCCGAAACCCAACAGGCAGCUUUUGCGUCCUUAUAA